AAUUAAAUUAACAACGCUUGGCAUUCUGCCCCCCCUCGUCCAUCUUUGGAUGCUUACAACACCGCCCUAUUGGGUAUAACUAUUGCUAAAAAGAGCUAAUUGUCUUCCAUCCAACUGCCUAUAUGGUAUUUUGGAGAAGGCUUGCGUUUACUACCUCUUUGCUGUAUAAUACCGUCGUUCUUCCACACACACGAUCACACCAAGAAUUCGAUACACCUACGUACCUAGCAAGGGUUUUCAAAACAGUAAUCAGCUUAAACCUAGUUAGGCGCUCAGCUGUUAGCCAGUCAGCAGAUAUCUCGCUUCGGGAUACCGUCCCGCGAAGCCGGACAAUUGGAGAAGUCGAGUUUAAGCCAAAGCAAUUCGUAGUAAGCCACAUGGCGCUUUUGUUACGGCUCAUUGUCCCAGUUGGGAUAUCGUGAGGUCUUGGUUAAGCGUUUAAAUUGAAAGACGGGUUCUAGCUAGCUAGCCUGGUAGACUUUGUCGUCAUUAAUUUUGACCGAUAUAAGAUGAUGCUCCUUGGAUGCGGUGUAAGU